AUGUCGAAGUCCCCAUUCAUGCCGGCCACGGAGCGUAAAAAGCGAGAUGAAGUCUCUUUGCGCAGAAUCCGGGAAGAGGAUCCCUCGACACCCGCUUGUGGUCUCCGAUUGCAUCGACUACCCAAAACCCACUGGCUAUACAACGACAAAGCUAUUGAACUAGCUGGUCAAGGAUAUUGUAUGCUCCUUAUUUUGCUCGAAAUAUUUCCUAUGAAUGUUGGAGACGACGUGGAAGUUAAGUUACAUUUUCGAGUACGCAUUAAAGGACUGCUAUCGGAUUCAAUUUCCUUAUGUUUCAAAGCAAAUAGGAGAAUGGGAAUCGCAACCAAUCGUUAUCGAUUUGUGGUUAUGGCGGUAGGAUUGAUGUGUUUAACGAGUAUCUGUUCGAAUUACAUUAUUAUUAAUUUUACAUUCAUUUGCAUGAGGGAGGAUAUGUCAGAAGUCGUGGAGACUGGCAAUGGAACAUUUCGCAGCGCCUAUGACUACACGCAAUCGGAAAAGAGUGCAAUAAUUUGGGCUGUAGCAGCUGGUACUAUUGUGGGCACUUUUCCAGUUAAUUACCUCUAUAUCAAACAUGGAGCACGGUGA